GAAAAGGGGAGGUGACAGCGGCGAAAACUUUGUGUGCGUGUCUCUUUGAGAGAGCGCAUGCAGUGCGAGGAGUCGAGGCUCAAGAGCGGCGUCUUGUGAGGCUCAACGAAAAGCGAGGCUUUCUCUAGAUAAAGAGAAUUGCCAAAGUUGAGGUUUCUCCGGAACACAGCGACGCAUGCGUCUGCUGCAGUUCCGCCACACUCUCUUUUGCCUUUCCUCCUCUCAUCCGUUUCCAUCGGUUUUGUCUCUUCUCUGCCUCGGCUCUCUGAGUCCCCUUUUUAAAAAUUGGUUUCCUCCUCUCUUCCUCUUCGGCUUUUUUUUUCUUCCUCCUCUCCUCGUCCGCUGUGUUUGCUUCUCCCUUCCUUCGCCGUCUCCACUUCCCUGUCUUCUCUGCCGCUUCUCCUUCGCAUCCUCUUCGUUCGUUGUUCCUUCCCUUCCCUGCCCGAGUCUGUUCUCUCACCUCUCUGUUUCGACAUUUUAUUUUUCAGUAUUAUUUUCCCUUCCGAAAGAUGGCUUCGGCCGAGGCCUUGCCGGUGGUGGUGACUCUGGGGACCUACGAUGGCGGACUUAUGGGCUACACAGUCCAGCCUGUCUCUCCGGAGGGAAAGGGAGACUACUCUCGACAGACUCAGUCUUCAGAGCGGCUCAAACUCACUUUCGCUGUGAACGCACAUGUCGGAUGCGUCAAGGCAAUUGCCAGCUCACCCAGCCUUCUCCUCACAGGCAGCACCGACGAGAGCAUUCGGAUCUACAGUCUCGAGUCUCGCCGCGAGAUCGGUGUCUUGACGUCUCCCUCCGGAGGCACCGUGAACUGCUUGUCUCUCGUCGGCAACGCGUUCUUGCUUUCCGGAGACACCCGCGGCCGCGUCCGGCUCUGGCGCGGCUCUUCCUGGGAGAUGCUCAGGUCGCUCGACACAACGAAGGCAACGCCGCCGCAGAAAGGCAGGAAAAGCUCUGCGAAGCGCCUCGGCCGCGCGCGCGACGCAUCUGCAGACGACAGCGAGGAAGAAGAGCAAAUUCGACAAGGUCGUAAAGGUGUAGAAAGCCUGGCCGUCCACCCUAGCGGCCGCCUCUGUCUCGUCCUCACGGCAGACGGAACUCUGCAGCUGUGGAACCUCCUCACUGCGACCUGUGCUGUACGAACGCCUCUCGCAGUUGGAGAACGCGCGGAGAGUGUACGGUGGCCUCCGCAAGCCGCGACGUCGCUUUACGGGAGACUGUCGGCGCGGCGAGUAUCGCUCCACAACAUCGCAGACUCGAGGACUGCUGCGCUUGAAGUCGAGACGGUGAAAGACGACGAAAAGCAGCGAGAGACAGGCGCGCCCGUCACCUGGACAUCCUUCUGCUUUGCGAGUGAAGCACUGCUUCUCGUCGGAGACAGCCGAGGGCGCAUCUGGGGUGUGCAUAUACCGAAGUCUCUGCUGAGCGCCGAGCGGCCAGAGGCAGACCAGCCUGCACUGCGGCCCAGUUUCUGUUUCAAAGGAAAGCAUGCGUCUCGCAUCAAAGGCUUGGAGAUUGUCGGCCUUGAGGAGCUGGGCGCAGACGCGCGAAUUUCCUUCGUGAGCGCCGACGCCAGCGGCUGCAUGCAUCUGUGGUCUUUCAGAGCCCCGGCGCACCCGGCUGCUCGAAAGAAGAAAGAAGGGGAAGACGACCUUCUCAUCAUUUCCCCUCAAGCACACAUAGAGACUCGCUGUCGGGUGACUUGCCUCUCGAGCAGCUUGACGCCCGCAGCCAUCGCGCAGGAAGCCGGCCAAGAACCGCUUUCUUUCCCUGGAGAGAAACCCAAAAGAGACUCUUCACAGACAGAGGCAGGUGAAGACGCAGACGACGAGGACAAAGAAGAAGACGAAGAAGCGGCGGCGGCCGUGAGCAGGCCGACGGAAACUGGCCGAGGCGGGAGAAGCGCUGCCGUACUUUCGGGAAACCGUAAGAAGACGUCGGAAGGAAACAGGGCAUCUCUCCUCGAGAAAGAGGGCAGGAAGAGACGUCGAGAGACAACUCCGAGAGGAAAGGGAAGAGCAGAAGAGGGCAAGGCAGCGCAGGAUGCUGGCUCCACUUUCAAGGUGAACAGACGAGGAGGCGACGACGAGAGAAAGAAGAAGAAGAAACGACGGUUUCUGGUCGCUGAGAGAACCAAGAAGGACUUGAAACGGUGAGAGGAGUCUUCGCUCUCUGCUGGACUCGGCAGACACAGCUGGUCACGACGAGAAGAAGCAAACAAUCGGGGUCUCUGCAACUGCAACGAGCUCGGCCUCAUCGUUUUCACGAUCUUCAGAGACAGCCAGGACACCAUGAAACUCAUCUACGCACAUGCAUCUACAUGCUUUUAUACUGUGUAUUAAUGAACAUAUAAUGCAUUUAUACAUGUAUAUAUAUAUAUAUAUAUAUAUAUAUAUGUAUGUGUAUAUGCAUGUGUAUGUAUGUGUAUAUGUCUAUGUAUGGCACAGACGCAGACAUGGCUGUGAAUGGCCAUGCGUUUCAGCGAUGUUGCGAGUGAGGCUGAGCGUCGCAUCGUCGCGUCUCGUUGGCUUCUCUUUGGCGCGGAAGAGGUUUUUCUGACAGCUCUCGAGACGCGCAUUUGAAACAGUGCCAGCAGCUGGGGUUGUGCAUGUUUCACACCGCCGCGAGUGCAGCGAAGAAGACUUGAGGAUGAGCAGGUCCUUUUUUGUCGGAGCUACGAGACUGCGGUGCCUCUGCAGCAGGAAUGCGAUGCUGCCUCAGCGGUCACGAAGAGAGAAGACGAGACACGAGCAAAAAAAGACGAAACAUGCAUGGAUACGCGCGUCAAACGAUCGACAGAGAAAAACCGCGCAGGAAUGGAAAACACAACACCCCGCAAAUAACAGAGAAGCCGAACUCUUCCACCAACUCCAACACAGCCA